CCCCCCCCCACCUGGGCCUGGGCGAGUUUAACCUUUCUCAGCGGGACGAGGCGUAGGCGGCGGCCUGGAGCAGCCGGUGCUGGAGCUGUGCACGGCCGGGAGCCGGGCAGCCCCCGCCGGCUCUCCCCGUUCCCAGCCCGGGACGUGCUGCUCGGCCUUCCCCGCCGACUGUCCCGACUGCCGCCAAGCCGGUGUGACACCGGGGUGUGCUUGGUUUACACAUCCCCUGCUCGGGAGCAGGCGCAGCCGUGCCGGUGGCUGUGUAGAGCCGGUUAUCACGGAGCCCUGGCGAGCUGACAGCCGAACCCCCGCGCCAGAGCGACCCAGCACCGCACAGCAUCCUGCGCCACCCCCUGCCAGUAACGCUUGUUCUCGCCCGGCAAACGCGGUGUUCCCCCAAGUUGUCCUUCACUCAUCAACAACAACAAAGUGACUUCAGUCCCUGCACAGAGCACGCUGUCCAGAAGAGCUAAAAGCUUUAGAACAACUUUUCCUUAUUCGCAGGUUUCCUUUCAUUGUAUUGCCCUUUCCCAUUUGUGGGAGAAGAGUCAUGAAGAACCGUUCCUCAUCUCCUCCUUUGCACGUCCAUGUGGAUGAAAACACUCCUGUCCAUGUCCAUAUUAAAAAGGCCCAGAAAGCCACACCUGCAAAAUGCCAGCAAAAGCACAAACAGAAAAAGAAAAGGGAUACUGUAAAUGUGUGCCAAGCUGCCCAGGUGAAAACUAAGGCUCCCUGGAUGCCCCCAGGCAAAACAUCUGUCCGGGAUUCCACCUGCAGGUGGGAGGGACCAACUCACCGCCUAGAAAUUGUGCCUCCAGAUUCAGAAAAAAUGCUGUCAGUGUUGCGCCUGAGUGACCUCUCUACAGAUGAGGAAGAUGCUGAGAAGAUAGAUAGUCUGAUUAAUGUGGUGGGAACGAUGAAGAAUGAGGCCAAGCUGCAGAAAAAGGAGGAACAGCAACGAAUGGCAAAACGUCUUCUUGAGGAGCAGAAAGAAGAACUGAAUGAGGUCACACAAGAGCUGGUAGAAACAGAACAUGAGAAUACGCUGCUCAGGCGCAAUAUUGAGCGCAUAAGGGAAGAGAAACACCUGACUGUGCUACAGAAAAAGUACUUGCAGCAUGAGAAGGAGUGUUUGAUGUCCAAGCUGAGCGAGGCAGAAAGGGAUGGAGCAGCAGCAGCCAGGCAGAUCCAUGCCCUGAAAAAUACAAUUGGGAGACUCAGCAUUGAGAAACACAUGAGCAGCUCAGACAUUAACACACUGACAAGACAAAAAGAGCUUCUGCUCCAGAAAUUGAGCACCUUUGAAGAAACCAAUCGGAGACUACAAGAACUUCUCAGAGAGCAGCAUAACCAGGAGAAGGAUGCUCAGAAGAUGCUGGAGCAGCAAGGAGCACUGCUGAAAAGGCUGGCCGAGUCAGAUGCAGAGAAAGUGCAACUUCAGAUGAGGCUUCAGGAGAAGGAAGAAGUAGUGGACAAUCUUAUCGUUCAGAUACAGGCAGAAAAGGACCAGGCAAAGACAGCAUGGGAACUCUCCAAAUCUAUGGUGGCUCUGAGAGGCCAUUUACAAGCACAGCUGCGAAACAAAGAAGCGGAGAACAACCGUCUGACUGUACAGACACGGAAUCUGGAGCGCGGUGAAGCUCAGCAUAAGGCAGAGGUGGAACGUAUCAUGGAACAGCUGAAAAAACUAAAGCAGAAGGCAGAUUGUGAUAAAGAGGCCCUGAAGAAAACCAUCCAUGCACAGAAAGAGUGGGCAGAGCGGAGUAAAGAGUAUGCACAGCAACUGACUGUCCAGCUAGCAGAAAAGGACAGUUACAUUGCUGAGGUGCUGUCUACUCUGGAGUCGUGGAGGAGUCGCUACAACAAAGUAGCAAAGGACAAGAGUGACCUCCAACAGGAAAUUGUUGCGCUGAACAGCCGAGCUGCAGACUUCCUGGAACAACACGCGACCUUAGAGAACAACAUGCGGAAGGACAGAGAAACUUUGGUGGAAAAAUUGCAUCAACAGACUACAGAGACCACUUCUCUCAAAAUGGAGAACGAAAGACUAAAGGCUGCUAUGGUGCUGAUGGAGGAAAAGCUGAACCAAGCGCAGAUGGAAGUGCAGCAGCUCAAGAGCUCUGUCAGGAACUAUGAAGGGUUGAUUGAAACCUACAAAUCACAGGUGUUGAAGACCCGAAUGGAAGCAGAUGAUGUGGCAGCAAAACUGGAGAAGCGUGAUAAAGAGAACAAGGCACUAAAGGAUGAAAUGAACAACGAGAUUGAACUGGCACGUAAGCAGUUUCAGAGCCAGCUUGCUGAACUGGAAAAGCUGCCUGAGAUCCUAAAGAUCAAGGAGAUGAAGCUAGCAGAAUGUCAGGACCAGCUUCAGAGUUAUGAGAAGAAGACCAUGGACCUGUCUGCAGUGAUUUCAGAUCUCCGUCAGCGGAUUGAGCUCCAGGGGGACAAAACGGAGAUGACAAGAGAGAGGUAUCAGUCUGCCCAGGAGGACAAAAAACAGCUCACCUUGAAGGUGGAGGAGCUGGAAAGAAAACUAGAAACAACAAAUACCCAGAACAUAGAAUUCCUUCAGGUCAUAGCAAAACGUGAGGAGUCAAUCCACCAGUGUCAGCUGCGGUUAGAGGAGAAGACCCGUGAAUGCAGCUCCUUGGCACGUCAGCUGGAGAUGGCCAUCGAGGAUGCCAAAAAACAAGUGGAACAGACUCGGGAGCGAGCAGCAUCUAGAGAGAGGGCAGUCCAGUCCAAGAUGUUGGAUUUGGAGACCCAGCUAAGUAGGAAUAAAACUGAGCUGAACCAAUUGCGUCGGAGCAAAGAUGAUGCAGAGCGCCGGUAUGAAAGCCGCAUACAGGAUUUAAAGGAUCGGUUGGAGCAGUCGGACAGCACCAACCGCAGCAUGCAAAACUACGUCCAGUUCCUCAAGUCUUCCUAUGCCAAUGUUUUUGGAGAAAGUGCCUUGCUGGGCUCCCCCAGCCACGCUCGUGCUUCUCCAUGAGGACAGUGCUCUCCUUGCACAUCUGCAUUUAAGCACAAAAGGAGCGCAGUUUCAAAGCCAUAUGUUAUUUUGAAAAUAGGCUGGCACUUCAGUGUGACUGUCAGGAGAAAUUUUCCUCUUUUCCUUGCAUCAUGAGACAGUAAGAUGAUGGUGGCAUAUGUCUGAUCUGUAGGGUAUCUGCCGUACUGGUUUGGUGUUGGAGGCUGGCACUACACCAUAAACUGUGCCCCAAACCCAGAGGGUUUUGCAGAUGAUGGAAGAGGUCCUUUUCAUCCUGUGAGGUCCUGGUUGUUUCAGCUCUUAAAACCUGUCUGCGAUUUGUUGAGCGUGUUGAUGUUUGUAAGAGCUCUUUUCCUUUUCCAUUCUGUCUCUGUGUUGGGGAGAUCAUGUAGCGUUCUUUGUUUGUGGCUUCUUUUUGUGGUUUGUUUUUUUUUUUUUAACUACUGAACAUUGUAUUGAUACAUUGGAUGAUAGGAUGGUGGGAGAGGGUCCACCCACCAGAAGUGUGAAGCUGAAAAUAACUGAAGUGCCUGGGCUCUAUGCUUACACUUACAAGAGAUUAUCUCCUGAACAACCACAGUGUUUGUAAACAGUUUUAUACCAGCAAUAAUGAUUUUGUUGGUUUGGUUUUUUUCCGCUUGAUUCUUUUAUAGGCCCUGAUCCUUGCCUUUUCUUCUGAGUGUGAUGCUGCUUUACUCUUCUCACCCUGAUUUCCUGAUCCUCAAUAUCCCCAGGACUGAGCCAAACCCAACUGAAUUCAAAGGAAAGAUUGCAGUUUAACCUCAGUGGCGCUUCAGCUGGGGUCUCACUGUGAGUGCCACCUGAGUUCAGGGUGUAUGUCAAAUACUGACUUGGUCUUAAGCCAAUUAAAGAGAACCCAGAGAUACCCAACUUCUUCAUCAAACUCGCCUGCGCCUUCUCCUGGGAAGUCGGGUCUUCAAGUGAGUCCCUAACACACGUGCGCUCUCUGGUGCCCUCUUCUUUCCAGUAAACGGUUCUUAGGGGGGCAAAACUAAACAUUGGUUUUGGUUUUGAUCUGUUUUGUAGCCUGUUUAUGUGUGAUGUGGUUAUGGGGCAGUUCUUGUCAAAAAGGUUCUCUAAGUUAAUUGGGUUUUGAAAGUUCUCUAAUUGUGUGUGUGUCUAACACUUUUAAAAUCCUAAAGGUGCUAUGGUAAAACAAGCAAUAAACUACAUUUUAAUUGGU